AUGUUAUUGUUCAAAAGGACCAACUUUAAUCCUUUGUCCAAAAUUAUUGAUGAUAAUCGUUUGACUGGAUCAAACUAUGUGGAUUGGAAGAGAAAUUUAACAAUUGUCCUCACUGCUGAAAAACUGAACUAUGUCCUAGCCACUGAUCCACCUGUGCUUCCUGAGGUGGAUGCCACUGAUGAACAACGUGAGGCUGUUAGGAAGUGGCAUGAGGCGGACGAUGUUGCAAAAUGCUACAUAUUGGUCUCAAUGACCAAUGUGUUGCAAAAGCAGCAUAAGGGUGUUCCUACUGCAAAAGACAUGAUGAUUAACUUGAAAGAAAUGUUUGGAGAACAAAGCAGAAGUGCACGCCAAACAGCCAUGAAAGGUUUGAUGUCCACCAAAAUAGUGGAAGAUAUUGAUGGUGAAACUAAAAUUGAUGCGAUACUUUCAUCUUUACCAGAUUCUUAUAAUCAGUUUAUUUUGAAUUACAAUAUGAAUAAGAUGAUUGUUGCACCAUCAGAGCUGCUUAAUAUGUUGCAAGCGGCAGAGGAUCUUAUUAAAAAGAGCCAACCCACUGUGAUGAUGGGUGAGAAGGAAGGCCCUAGAAAAUUCAAGCCUAAAGGAAAAAAUAAUUUUAAUAAGAAACCUAUGGGCUCCAAGUAUGGUUAUUUGUACCUAAUGAAACAUAAUUCUAAAUCCUUUGAAAAGUUCAAGGAAUUUCGUGAUGAAGUAGAAAGGCAACUUGGAAAAAACAUCAAAGCUCUCCGAUCAGAUCGUGGGGGAGAAUACCUUUUAGAUGAUUUUUGA